GUCGGCGAAGCGCCUGCGCGUGGGGGUCCCUGGAGCUGCCUGCGCCGGCGGCAGCGAGAGCGAGCGGUCGGUGCCGGCGUCGCCGGGAAAGCGGCUGCUGCGGCAGACAGUGUUCGUCGUGCUCUUUCUUGUGCGAAUGAGCGAAAAGAUCACGGUGACGGAAAGUAUGUCGCAGAUUGGUCGCAUGGUUCAGAAACUUCACAAGGUUCAGACUCUUAUCAUGAGGGUCAAAAACAUCAGUUCCAUUUUUCUCAGAACACGGUCACCAGUAUAGGUAGUGCAUAGGAACUUUUGCAAAAACACACACAAGUGUUUCAUGUACCCCAUGGGUCGUGACAACUCACCCGACCUCUUUAGGGGCCUAUAUUAGAUCCACAUGUAGGUAAGUGGCUUGCAUAUUUGCUAGAAACAAAUAUACUCCCCCCUUUCCUAAAUAUGUCUUUUUAGAUAUUCCAAUAAGGGACUACAUAUGAAGUGAAUCUACACUCUAAAAUAUGUCGAUAUACAUCCGUAUGUAGUUUGUAUUGAAAUCUCUAAAAAGACUUAUAUUUAGAAACGGAGGGAGUGCAUCAAAGGCAGUAGGGCACUCCUCCCCUUUUCCCAGAAUUUACAUUUCAAGAUUUCCUGAUAUCAUUGAUAUAUUCGUGACUGUAUUUAAUGACAAAGGAAAAAUAAUUGCACUUGCAAAUAAAUAAUUACAAUGCGAUCUUUAUUUUUUUGAUGAUCAAGGUUGUAUAUUGGAGACUAUUUGAAUAAUUAAAAGAGAAUCUAAGAAAGAACAGGGGUAGUAGUAAUUCACAGGGUGUAAUUACAAGUACUUAUAUCCUCUUUUAUGUGGUGAUUGAUGUACUCAUGAGUUCCAUGAACCAUCCACUUGUUGUGCUUCUCUUAAUGAAAAUAUGCAAGCUUUGCAAGUUUCAUUAUUCCGGAAAAAAAUAAAAUGCUUACCUGUGGUUCUGCCUUGUCUCUAUGCUCUUUGGUCAUAGCAAAUUGGAAAGUUUACAGCAGCAGAUGGAGGAUAUAAGCCAUGAAGUGAAGAAAUUGGCUUGUUUGCAUUCCGACCGACAUGCUGAUCAACACCCAAGAUCAGAACCAUAUCAGGAGGGUGCCACUUUGAGUGAACAGAACGCCAACAUUCGCCUGCGUUUCCUGGAUGGCCUGAAGACUCCAGUUUACACAGAUAAGAACAUAACAUCUGAAAGCGAUGCGGCUAUCAGGAUUGGCAUCUUUAAUGGUGAUAACAUGAUCAAGGAAGGCCUGCUUUCAAAGCUGAAAAUUGAGAUCCUGGUUCUCCAUGGAGACUUCUGCAACGACUGCCAGGGAAACUGGACCGGAGAGGAGUUCAAUAGCCAGAUCGUGCAAGGCCGGGACGGACACAGGUUUGUGUUAGGGGGUGAUUGCAGUGUGUGGUUGAACAAUGGAGAGGCCUCCUUCGGCAGGAUUCGUUUCAAAGAAGGAUCAUCCAGGACUCGCAGUAGGAAGUUCGUCGUGGGAGCAAGAGUUUGUAUGGGCGAAAAGACUGGUGUUCGAGUCCAAGAAGCUGUCAUGAAGCCGGUCACGGUGCUGGAUCGUAGAAAUGAAGCAAAUGAGAAGAGGUACCCUCCAAAACCAAAUGAUGAAGUGUAUCGUCUGGAAGAAAUUGCCAACGAUGGAACUUACCACAGGAGGCUUAAAAAUGCUAAAAUCUACACAGUGGAAGACUUCUUGAAGGCUCUGAAUAAGGACGCAGACGACCUCCGUGUAAGGGUUCUUCUGAUAAAGAAGGUGAACAACUCUUGGGAAAAAAUGGUUAAGCAUGCUAAGGGAUGCUGUCUCACAGACAUAAAUGAUAGGAUGAAUGUCAGUCUUCCUCAACAAGUUCCAUUUGACUAUGUGAUGAAUGACAAUCUUUCUUCUCUGGAUGCAGUCAUUCUUGAGCCGGAUGAGACUCUUCAAGGAACCACAGCAAACGAAAACCGGCUUCAUGAUAGGAUUGACCAUGUCACUGAACCAUCUCACCACAAUGAGUAUGUUCAUGGUGAUCAGAACACAGUUAAGUCAAAUUAUUACCAAGUAGGUCGAUCCAAUCCAGAAAAUGGCAAUCUUGCUGAACAUGUUCCAUUUAACUAUGUGAUGAAUGUCAAUCCUCCUGAACAAGCUCCCUCUAGCACACAUUCCUCUCUGGAUGCGGUCAUGCUUAAGCCGGAUGAGGUACUUCAAGGAACCGCAGCGGAUGAAAACCGGUUUCAUCAAGUCACUGAACCAUCUCACUCCAAUGAGCAUGUUCAUGGUGAUCAGAAUGCAGUUAAUACACAUUGUUACCAAGGUGCCCCACCCCUUGGCCAGCAGCAACCUACAACAUUCAUGGCACCUUCACAGUUGGAUGGUGAAUUUCUAUGGAUCUUAGAAGGAUCAGUUCAAGCAAACAUCCAUAGCCAGAUGCAAGUUCCCAUAUCCAUGGAUUGUGGCAGUGCCAUGGAGGCAUCAACCUCUGUCCAACACAACCUUCUACCGCAACCAUUUGUGCCUACUCAAUUCCAAGAAAGCAUGCCUGGGAUCCAUUACUCUGAGAAUCCACCUAACCAUGCCUCUGGACCAACGAUAUGGCACGAUGAUCCUAUAACCGAACCGGAGCCUAGCGCUUAUCCUUAUCCUGGGCUGGAUCAUGGAAACUUUUAGCAAGCGGGCACAUUCUGCAGUGCAGAUUAGGCCGUGUAACAUCAUGGUUUUGUGUCAUUAUAACUUAGGUGUCAGGUUGUGAUAUAUGAUGUGCAGUAUCAGGCAUUGUAGACUGUAUGUUUGGACACAAAGUGCUUUGCCCCCAUUCUUUC